AGCUCAUCGACGACGCGCACCACCACCCGCAGCACGGCAUCCGCUUCUCUGCCGAGCUCGCCGCGCUGCUCUCCUACCCCGCCAUCGCCGCCGGCCAUCUGCUGAUGCGACUGGUGGAGUUCCCGCGAGCAGAAGAGGGCAGCCAUCUUUUUAGGAUCCUACUCAACCUGGCCUUAGAUCGCAACGCAGCAUGGGACACGAGCGGGACCGAGGGAGAGCCUGUCUUCUACGGAACGCUAGGUCCGGAAUCUCAGUCCAGUGCGCCGUCGAUAGCGGCGUUUCAGCGUGGCGUCGGGAUCGAUGGACCGCUGCGAGUGGUGCUGAACUUUGUUCCCGGCGCACUCUUCGUCGUUCUCCCUGUUUACCUUUGCUGCGAUAGGCCGGAAACCUACGGCUGGCCGUGGCAGAGGAGCGAGUGGUGGCUGCGCCCCGGUUGGACCAGUCGGCUUGUCAUUGCCGUGCACUGCUGGUGCUGCCUGCUUCUCAUUGCGCUCGCCGCCGUGGGCUGGAACCUCGGGGAGCUGGCGGCUUACGUUGCCAUAUUUGUUGUCCUGGGAGAUUUUAUCCGCAUUAUAUACAUCGGGUUGAGCAUUUGGAUGGGAUGCGCUGCCCUCGCUCUCUUCGUCUGGACUUGGACGUUGAGACGGUCGCCAGUGGCCAUCUGUUUGUUUCUAUUGGCUUCAUGGAUGGGAGUCUGUUGGGGUUGGGCGUCGAGUGGGUUACCAAUAUUUCUAUCCCAGGUUGUACCCGUUACGGGCGUGAGCUUCGGAGAGCUGGACCAGGUGGCAACGGCAGUGGCAGGGGUAAUAACAUUCGUGAUCACACUGUCGGACUCAACAGGGCUACAAAGACAUAAGAGAAGACUAAAGGGUUGGUGGAGAGCGACGAUGGGUCGCGGAUCCGGAGGAACAGCGGAAGAUUUACCGCUGCAUUCGGUGACGGAUGGUGGUCAACCUGCUCGCGUACGUACCCUAUAGAU